GUGAUUGACUAAAAUUGUUAUUAUACAAUUAAGACAGUGAAUUGACGGCAGAAAAGCCCACUAACCGUUCAUCUAUAAUUGAACUCUAUAUUCAAGCAGGCAUUUGCCAACGCAAAUAUAUUCCAGAAAAUUGAAAAAAUCGGCAAAAUGACGCAAAUGUCACAAGAUGAAAUAAUUUUCAACACAAAAACAGUUUUGCAAGGCUUGGAAGCUUUGCGCGUAGAACAUGUCUCAUUAAUGAACGGAAUUGCCGAAGUUCAAAAAGAUAAUGAAAAAUCCGACAUACUGAGAAAAAACAUCGAGAACAUCGAACUAGGACUGAGCGAAGCUCAAGUUAUGAUGGCUCUCACAUCGCACUUACAAAAUAUUGAAGCCGAAAAGCAAAAACUUAAGACACAAGUGCGCCGACUUCAUCAGGAAAACGCAUGGCUUCGUGAUGAACUGGCCAAUACUCAACAAAAGUUUCAAGCAUCUGAACAAUUGGUUGCACAGUUGGAAGAAGAAAAGAAACAUCUCGAAUUUAUGGCAUCCGUGAAAAAGUAUGACGAUAAUCAGGAUCAGGAUGAUUCUUGCGAAAAGCCACGCGCUGAUCCGGUUGUCGAACUAUUUCCGGAUGAAGAGAAUGAUGAUAGAAACAAUAUGUCUCCAACCCCUCCAAGCCAAUUUGCAAAUCAAACAUCUGGCUACGAAAUUCCAGCACGCUUACGCACACUUCACAAUCUAGUGAUUCAAUAUGCUUCACAAGGAAGAUAUGAGGUAGCCGUGCCUCUUUGUAAGCAAGCUCUGGAGGACCUUGAGAAGACAAGUGGUCAUGACCAUCCCGACGUUGCAACUAUGCUAAAUAUUUUGGCACUGGUUUAUCGUGACCAAAAUAAAUAUAAGGAGGCUGCAAACUUGCUUAAUGACGCUUUGUCUAUUCGUGGAAAAACGCUCGGAGAGAAUCAUCCAGCAGUGGCAGCUACUUUAAAUAAUUUGGCUGUACUGUAUGGUAAGCGUGGCAAAUACAAGGAUGCUGAACCAUUGUGUAAGCGUGCUUUGGAAAUCCGUGAAAAGGUUCUUGGCAAAGAUCAUCCCGACGUUGCAAAGCAGCUUAAUAAUCUAGCUUUGCUUUGCCAAAACCAAGGAAAAUAUGACGAAGUUGAAAAAUAUUAUCAGAGAGCUCUCGAUAUCUACGAAUCUAAACUUGGGCCCGAUGAUCCAAAUGUAGCCAAAACAAAAAAUAAUUUGGCUAGUUGCUAUCUGAAGCAAGGAAAAUAUUCGGAAGCUGAAAUCCUGUACAAGCAAGUCUUGACUAGAGCACAUGAGAGGGAAUUCGGAGCUAUUGACAGUAAAAAUAAACCUAUUUGGCAGGUGGCUGAAGAACGGGAAGAACACAAAUACGAUAAUCGGGAGAACACACCAUAUGGCGAAUAUGGAGGGUGGCACAAAGCUGCUAAAGUUGAUUCUCCCACUGUUACAACAACUUUGAAAAAUCUUGGUGCCCUUUAUAGGCGACAGGGUAUGUUCGAAGCUGCUGAAACCCUAGAGGACUGUGCAAUGCGUAGCAAAAAGGAAGCCUACGAUUUAGCAAAGCAAACUAAAGUGGCACAACUUCUCACAACGAGUGAGAAACGACGCUCUAAGCAUUUGAAAGACGACAUGGAGUUCUCUGAUGAGAAAAAUAUUAAGCCUUAAACCAGUCUGUUGGAUACGGUUGAAAUAAUACUUGUGCUCUUGAUAAGCUAACUCAAACAUACAUUUUAUUUAUUCAUUCCUUAAUAUAAUUAAGUUUCUCAAUUUUAUGUGAAGAAAUACUAAAGGUUUUGUACUUUGUUAUUUCUAAAAACAAAAAAAUCAUAUAAUGCUUUCGUAUAAUAAACCAAAUAUAAACAUGUGUAAAACACUGGCA